AUUCUGUUGAGAAAAAGGGAAAACUUCCAUACAGAUGUGUUUGUCUUCAUUUGGCUAAUUACCAUCACUUAUCACUCAAGUGACAUCAUCAAUAUUUCUAACCUCUUAAUUUAAUAAGUGAAUAAUAAUUAUUUUGCGAAAAUGAAAAGUAGAAGAGACUCGGAUAUUUCGCUUUCAAAUUCCAAUCACAAUGAACUGCUCUUCAAGAUUCUUGUUAUCGGCGAUUAUGGCGUUGGAAAAACUGCAAUUGUCAGAAGAUACACAGAAGGUAAAUUUUCCUCGAAUUAUAAAAUAACAAUAGGAGCUGAUUUCGCAAUAAAAACACUCGAAUGGGAUCGACACACAAAAAUAAAUUUGCAGCUAUGGGAUAUUGCUGGAAACGAGAGACACGGAUACAUGACUCGUGUUUAUUACAAAUAUGCGGUGGCUGCAGCUUUAGUUUUCGAUGUGUCGAGAGCCGCGACAUUUCAAUCAGUGAGAAAGUGGCUCAGUGAUCUCAGAGAAAAAAUAACAUUGCCAGACGGAUCGAAUAUUCCAAUAGUAUUACUAGCAAAUAAGUGUGACAUCAAAGAAGUCGCCAUUUCCAAUGAUCAAAUUGUCAAAUUUUGCAAGGAAAAUGAAAUUGGCUGCUGGUUCGUGACUUCCGCUAAAGAGAAUUUAAACGUUGUUGAAGCAAUGCAGUACCUUGUGGAAAACACUUUAAAAGCCAAAGUUCAAGAUGAAAUUCGUGAUUCGAUAAAACUGAAGAAUUCACCUUUAAUACAAAAAAAAGUUUCUUGCUGUAAAUUUUGAAAGCGAAAUUUUUGAAAACAUGAAACAUUCUUGGGGAAUGUUUAGUUUUAAUGUAUAACUAUUUUCAUGUCGAGAAAAUAAUAGGUAAGAAUUUUUUUUGUCAUUUAUAAUAUAUUUCCUUUUUGUAAUCUAGAAAUCUUGUAAUUCUAGGAAUUCCAGUUUAGUUGUAUACAAAAGUUUUUAAAUAAUAUAUAAUUUUAUAUUUUA